AUGUGGAAUCUUCAUCCUAAUUUCAUCAAUGAAAUUAUGAAUGCCUGGACCAUUAAUGAUGACUAUGGUCCUUGGAUAAAACUAUGGAAAUUAAAGAAGAAGGUGGCCAUCCACUUAAGGAAUUGGAAUUGGAAUACUUUUGGUGAUGUUAAUGAGAACUUAAAAACUGCUCAAAAUAAGGUACUUUGCACUGAAGAAGACUUCCAAAGGGGCUUAAAAACUGAGAUAGAGCUUCAUAAAGCUAAUGAGGAACUACUUGCUCAAAUCACCUAUCAUGAAACCUUCUUGAAGAAAAAAGCUGCUAUGACCAAGUUCACUGAAGGGGACAGAAACUCCAGCUUCUUUCAUGUUUGCAUAAAUUUCAAGAGAAAAUGUAAUAUGAUCUUGGAGAUUAAGAACUCUGAGGGUAUUAAGUUAACUAAGGCUGAUGACAUUGCCCUUGAUGCUGUCAACUUUUUUCAACAACUCUUUAACACCCAUCCCACUAUUAGAACUUGUAUUGAUGCCAAUUUAUUUGCCGAGGGCUUUGACUAUGUCAGUAGGCUGACCCUUGAUCAAAUCCCCCUUGAAGAUGAGAUUAGAGAUGCUCUUGAUUCUAUAGAUGAUGAUAAAACUGCUGGCCCUAAUGGCUACACUGCAAAGUUCUACAAAAGCUUCAAAAGCUACUGGACUGUGGUUAAGCAGGAAGUGAUAUCUGUCAUACAGGAAUUUUUUAGAGGAAAUAAUCCACCCAGGAUUCAACCUCAUCUUCAGCAACUUGUUUGUGCUAACCAAACAGCCUUUAUCAAAGGGAGAUCUAUCUUUGAUAACAUUUUGUUGGCCCAAGAGAUGCUGCUUGACUUGGACAGGAAAUGUAGAAGGGGUAAUGCUAUAUAUAAAUUAGAUAUUAAGAAGGCUUAUGACGCUAUCAACUGGAAUUUCAUCCUUGAAACCCUUGCUGUUAGGGGCUUUGCUGAAGGCUUCACUAUGUUCAUCAAAAGAUGGCUUCUCUGUAACAACCAUUCUGUGCUUAUCAAUGGUUCUUGUCAUGGCUUCUUUUCUGCUUCCAGAGGGAUCAAAUAA